UCCAACUCUCUUCUCGGGACAGGGAAAGAAGCUAACUAGGGCUUGAAUUGACGCUUGGAGAGCGACAACGAGAUCCAACUCUCUUCUCAGGACAGGGAAAGAUGGAGGAUUAUCAAUCCCUAGCAACUCGUCUCUUGUAUCUUCUUCGUCAAGAGAUAACAGAGCAUCUCCCCGGCAUAAUCUCAACCAGAAAGCUCUUCUUCUUCUAAAAAAUAAGAAGAUACCAUAUGAUGAAGCUAUUGAAGUUGCUAAUCAAUUAGCACUUAAAGAAAGAUUGCUGGUGGGCUUUUCGUCUGGAGCAGCUGCGAUGAGGGUUGCUAAGAGACUUGAGAAUGCUGGAAAGCUUAUUGUGGUUGUGAACUUUCUAAUUGGAAGGCACUUGAGGCAUUAAGUAGUUUCAUUGUUGAGACGACACUAGCUCCGACAGCAACUGGACGGUGGCCCCUCCUCAGUUUCAAAUGGAGAUUCAUUGCUCUUCCCCACUCACCGCACCUCCAGACGAAUUCGGCUCUUUUUACUUAUUUGGUUGUUUUACUUAGUUCCCUGUAUAUAAUUAUUAAUUAUGAAAUUGUGUUAUAUUGAUUGUAUUCUUAUUGCAGGUGUUCACGUGGAAAAGAAGCACAUGAAGAUGAUUAUAAUAAGACUAAGGGAGUGUUUGCAACUGCUUAAAAAAAAGCACUUCUCAGCUUUUGGCUUUAAAAAGCACUUAUUUACCAAACACUACCAAUUUUUACUUUUUCUCGGCUUGCGUGUGAAAAGUGUUUUUCCCUUUUCUAUUACACAAAAAACACUUAUUUUACCAAACACUACCAACUUUUACUUUUCAAAAUCACUUUUUUCUCAAACACUAUCAACUUUUACUACCAAUCACUUUUUCCUUACUUCUCCAAAAGUGCUUUUUUUUAAGCAGAAGCAGUUGCAAACACUCCCUAAGAGUUUUACCGAGGAGAAUGAAGAUAGGAGUCCAAAUAAUGCAAUAGUCUAAUAGAUUGAAAUAACAUCUUGAACCAUAUACCUGUUUUGAUACUCUUAUGGGUUAUUUUUUGUUUCCUUUUGUUUCGUCAUACUUGUUGUUUAUGGUUGCAUUGUGUUACUUUUUGUUGUAUUGUGUUUUUAUUUGUUGCAUUUUAAUACUUUUUUGUUGCAAGCUUAUUGUUUUUUCUAUUGAUAUUCAAUUUUAUUGUCUAUU